AUGUCGCUCUUCCUCACGCCCAGAGACCGCUAUGCAACAGAUGCAAAGGCACCGCUGGCCUGUGGCAGCUGCAAGCGACAAAAGCGCAAAUGCGACAAGGCGCGCCCGGCGUGCGGGUUAUGCACCCGCAUGGAACGCCGGUGCGACUACGCCGAGCCCGCACCGGCCGCCCCGACCGCCGACGACUUUGCAGCCCUGCAGCUGAAGCUCAUUGAGCUCGAGGGCCGUCUAAACACCGCCGGGAGUGGCGGCACACCUGCGUCCUCAUCGUCGGCGGGCACAGGCGGGGGCGGGGUCAGCGGACGUACACCCGGCCCUGGUCCUGGUCCCGCAUCCAACUCAAGUUCCGCAUCGGGGUCCGCUGCUGGGGGAGGCAUGGAGGAAACACCGUCUGCUGCAUCAGUCUUCACGCCACUUGAACCUCUCUGGGAACAGCAAGCCUCAGCUCAGUACCCGCCAGAUGCCUUUCUCGAUCUUUCUUCCACGGAAUGGUUGAACCAAUCUCUCCCGAGACCCGUCAUCGACAUCCCAAACGAAGUCCUCCAACAUCUAGGCGACGGCCACGCAAUCCAACACGCCGUAAACGCCUACUUCACCACAAUCCACACCUGGCUCCCCAUCGUCUCCAAGAAGCGCAUGAACAUGGGCGCCGCCCUCAGCCAAGGCGGUCCGGACCUGGCCAUGCUCUUCCUCGCCAUGAAGCUCGCGGCCACCAGCCCGACGGACGUCCUCGCGGGUGGUUCCCAGCACAUGGCAAUUUACCGCGCCGCCAAGCGCUUCAUGUCUCUGCUGGAGCACAGCGGCGCCACGUCGCUCAUGGUACUGCAGUCCAUGACGCUCAUCGCCUACUUUGAGUACGCCCACGCCCUCUACCCGGCCGCGUGGAUCACCGUCGCUGCCUGCGUGCGGUAUGCUGAUUUCCUUGGUCUGCCUGGGUCUCACGAGGGGACUAUUAUCCUGGCUUCGCCUACAACGUGGACAGAGUUGGAGGAGCGGUCGCGGACGUGGUGGGCCAUCAUCAGCCUCGACCGCAUCAUCUGCCUCGGCAACAAGAAACGCUACCUCUCCCCUGAGCCGCAAGAUAACGAGACAUAUCCCGUAGACGACUCAGCAUGGUACCCCAUCCAGGACGAAGGCCGCGUCGGCCGCGUGGCCCAUCACAACAUCACCUCCCCGCCCCCGUCUCCACCCUCACCCUUCUCCUCCCUCUGCCGCUCCGCCCUCAUCGCCGGCAAAAUCAUAACCCACGUCCGUAAAGUCACCUCGGACCGCAAACAGAACCCGCACGCCUCGCCCGCCGACGCCAUCGUCGAAGCGAACGCCUUGUCGGAGACGCUGUUCUCGACUCUGGAGUACUUGCAACAGCAGCCCCCCACGACAGGAGCUACGGCAGCGCAGAGGCCAAAGCCGCUAUCCCUACCCCUCCUGCCGUCACGGUGCGUCUUGCUCUCGGCAGGCGUCCUUCUCCACGACUUCUACUGCUGUCCCGCCUGUCCGGACGGCCGCCUCAAGAGCCCCGAGGAGACGGCGCAGCAGGCGCGUUCCGUUGACGUCUUGUUGAAGAUUAGCAAAGACGUUGCUGUGUUGUCGGAAGAGCUACUGCUUCUCGUCUCGCGGACGAAAAGGGACGGUGACGUUGAUGAUGACAUGGGCAUGAACAGUCAUGGCCACAACCGCAAUGACGGACAAAGCGGUGGCGGCAGCGACAUUGGCAGCGUGAGCCCGCUGAUUCUGGACGCGCUCUACGGCGCCGCGAAUACCCUCGCCUGGCUGCUCAGAGAGGAAGGGACGCUCGAGUGCGAGGACGAGAUGAAUGUCAUCAAGCGGUGUCUCGAGCGAUUGGGCUCACGGUGGAGGUUGGCGGGGGAGUAUGGGCGGAUGCUGGAGCAGCAGGAUUUCGCGAUGAUGAUGCAGGAGAAGGGCCACUCGACACUGAGAAUCAUAUGA